GCCUCGAGGCCCCACCGUCUUCAAUCAUACUCCCAAACCAAAACCCUAGCUCCCUAGUUCCUUGCAUCGUCGGCUGCUCCAACCUCUAGUCCUCCACUUCCACUGCUGGCUGCCUCACUGCGCCGGCUCAGUCAUCAUUCCGAGUUGCCAUGCUCAGCUGCUGCUCCUCCAGUCCUCCUGCUCAGUUGCCAUUCCUCCUCCACCUCUGUUGUCGAUUCGCCAUCGCCAUUGCUGGUCACUAGUCGCCAUAACGUGUAUGAAACCCGCACUUGCAUUGAUUUCAUUUCAAUUCCACCCCAAAAGGCAAAAUUGCUCGCCCUCCCUUGCCUCUGCUCUCUCUACUCUGUUCUCUGUUCUCUGCUCUGUGAGUUGCAACACGGUCUUAUAUCAAUUUUAGAUGGUGAAAUCGCCGGCGAAAAGACCGAACGCCAGCUUCGCGAAGCUGUAUCCAUGGCCGGAAGCAGAGGCGGAGUUCGUGAGGAAGGAUAGCCAAUAUUAUAGAUAUGCGUCCAGGCAGAGGUUCCUCAGGAGCUACCCCUUCUGCAUGAAAAGACCGACUGUGGCGCAAAGAGCCAAGAAGUGGCUCAAGGAUCAGAAGAAGAAAUCCUUGAUUGCACUCAAGAAGAAGAAGAAGAAGAAUGAAUCUCCUACUGCCGAAUCCAAAGAUGGGCCGAAGGCUGCCCCUACUGCAAUUAUGCUUCUUCUUGACUCUGUUUCCUGAAAUUCUUCCUGCAAAGGCUAUUCGAAAUAAUGAAGAUCCCCAUAGAUCCAAUAUACAUGGGGCUGCAACUCAAGUUUUUUGGCCUCUCAUGAUCAAUUCUAUACAGAUGCAGCAGCACCCCCACCUCCAAGCUUCUCCAACACCGAGUUACACCCCAUAUGUGUCAAGAACGCCGCCAUUGUCGGGUGCAAAAGCACCUUCUCCUACAGACACCACUUCGCUGGCAACCCCUUCUCCUUCACCUCCUCUGCGAAGUUCUCGGGUAGCAUCGCCGUCUUGCCCAUCACCAUGUCCAACCAUAGGAUCCUCAAAAUCGGUUUGCCGUAGUUCGCCUGCCUCCAUGCAUACUCCAUCACAUGCUCUUCCAACAUCACUGCGAUGCUCGCGAAGUUUUUUGUGAACUACAAACUCGGGUUCCCGGUGGUCGAGCCAAUCUAUGCACUCGACUUUCUCUUUCCAAAGGCUAGAUUCGAGGGAGGACGAGUGGGUUUCGGGCCAAUUCCAGAUGAUGAGAUUGAGGGGUUCGGCGGUGUAAAUGUGGGGGAACUUAGCGGCGAGGGCACGCAGGACUUCGAACUCGAAGUUGUCGAAGGUGCUAAUGAUGAUGGCAGAGGAGUGUGUGCAGUUCUCCAUUUGCUCUGUCAUGAAGUUGAACAUUAUGUCAUCUGAAUUGGUUAUUCUGUAGAAAGUUUGCAUGUGCUUCAACUUGUUCCCUUGAAUUAAGAUCGAAGUUGGAGAGCUUGAGGGUGACAGCAACGUACGAGAGGCAGUUGGAAAAGGGGAGGUUCGAGGGGAUGAUCAACGGGAGGGGAGGAUUGAGAGAGAGAUGAUGAACAAGCAGUUUCGAUUUUCAAAGAGUAAAUUUGUCCUAUUAUUAUUGUUUUUUUUUUUUUUCUUUUAACGGUGUUAAGUAUCUGUUAUUGGAAGGGGGUGUUGAGCGUCCAAGGAUCCAAAUGUGAGGGGAGGUUGUGGCAUUUUUCAAACCUCAAAGGAGUUUCUUGUCUUUUUUGGUGAACCUCAAGGGAAGUGAGUGUUUUUUGUCCUAAAU